AGAGUGUUCAUGCGACUCUCGUAAACAUCUGACCCCUCACUUUACACACUCGGUUCCUCCUCUACUGCUUCCUUUCUAGUUUUCCCUUCUCUGCAUGUAUGCUCAAGAUCUGGGAACGUAUACCAGAGUGAACUAAAGUUUGUUUGUGGUCGCUGUGAAUAUUCUCGGCCAUGAAGUGGAGGGUGGUGCUAUUUGCUUUUCUUGUUUCUCUUUUGAUCAUUCAGUUUGGUAUGUGCCAAAAGACCGAACCUGACCCGAAGACCAAAGCUGAGAAGAGACCAAAUGGAAAGUCCAAGACUCCGAAGGGGCCAGGAAAGGGAACCUCUUCCAAACCUAAAGUGAAAACCACUCCAGAAACCCCCAAAGAAGCCCAGACAUACCUCACCCAGGUGGUAAACAAGGGAAGGUUCCAGAAAGUGGGCGACACGCUGACUGUCCAAGCAGGUGAUGUGUUAGAGCUGAGGUGUAAAGGAAAUCCUGUCCAGUGGGCUGUUCCUGCAUAUCUGGAAGAGGAUGAUGAAGGACGACUCAGGACAGUUCAACAUGAACGUUAUGGCACACUGACUUUGGCAAACGCAACAGCAGCAGAUACAGGGGAGUACACUUGCUAUCCCAUGUACUGUGAGGAUAAAGACUGCAGAAAACAAUAUGACAAAGGCGUCAAAGUCUUCAUCUUUUUCUCAGAUCCUCAGGAGUUGUUCGUACCUUCCUCUGAUUAUUAUGAGGUCAUUCAGCUUCGCACUAACUGGCCCACCGUCCUGCCAUGUCAGGUGACAUCUCCACUAGCAAAGGUGACUUUACACCGGGAAUUUCCUCCAAUGGAGGUGAAGGUGGAUGGACGAGAGAUCUCCUUUGAUGUCAAGAAGGGUUUCACCAUCCACAGGCCGAAACAGUAUCAUGCUGGUUCUCUCUACUGUGUGGCAAGCCUGGGGAAUCUUCGCCAGAGCUCAACCAAAUACAUGCUCAUCUAUGUCAACUAUCCAGCCGCCCCUCCGUUUCCUGCAGUCCAGACCUCUUCUGACACUGUGGCAGUGGGACAGAAUCUCCAGGUGACAUGCACUGUGGUGGGAGAGCAGGACGUGGUGGUGGACUUUACCUGGGAAUAUCCUGGGCAAAAGAUUGGGCGCCCGAUGUACACCCAGGACAGUGUGCAGACAGUGCAGGUGGAUGGGCAGAACCGACAGCGAUCGCAGACAGUACUGCUGGUGGAUGAGGUCAGAGAGGUUGACCAAGGAACAUACACCUGCACAGCUCAGAACCUACAGGGUUCAAGGUCUGCAUCUACCUCUGUCAAAGUGCAGUCAGCACGAGCCAACGCCAAGCCUAAGAAACCAUGAAGCCUGUCAAAGAAGUCCCACAGAAACCUGAAAACCCAGAUCAUGCCAAUCAGAUAUGUAAGCAAUAAGGUUCGAGAGGCUAGUGCUGUAUCGUGAAUAAGUCGUCGCGUCAUGCCUGCAACCCCUUCAGCCGUGACUUAUUUACGAUACAGCACUAGCCUCUCGUACCUUAUUGCUUUUAUAAAACGGUUACCACACAAUACAAAUAUUAAAGCCAAAAAUAUGUAUCAAUGCAACUUUCAUGAAGUAAACUUUUACUAAAAGCCUUCCUUCCGCCAGAAAAAAUAGUCCCUGACCCUGAACAGCAACAGAAAUUACAUUAUUACGACAUUAGAUGGCGGCAAAGACUGUCUUUAUGAGUGUGUCAGUCAGUAGCGAAGACUUUUACAGUGAAAAGACUGAAUUGUUGUGAACACGGAACAAGACGCAACUGACAAAUGCUUUGACUAGCGCUGUCAGUCAUGGGAAAACCCUUAAACUGUUAAAAGGACAAGUUAAUACAUUGGACAUUUAAACAGAUUUUUUAUUAUGAACAUAAGACUGACCUGAAGGAAAAUGCUAAAUCUGAAUGCAGGUAAUAAAUUCACUCACUCAAUCUCUUUCUCACAAUACUCUUCUACAUAAUACAGUAAGCUUCAAUGAACAAUAUCAGCUGAGAACAAGCAGUUUACAUUGCUAAGAGUGGUUGCUAAGGGUGUUGUGUAGUGAUACACAGAACCGUUGGGUGAAGCGGUCAUAGCCGUGUUUUAUAGUGAAUAAUCAGAAUCAAGGACAGGAACUAACCGUUUUAUAAUCUCAGCUACUAAAUGGCUGUAAAUUAACAAGAAUGAUCUUCACAGAACACUGUGUUUUUUCCUUCUGUGACAGAAACCAGAUGCAACAGAGCAAAGCGGUAAUACUUAAAUUACACAAUAUGUGCACUACUAUUGUUUCACUGACCCUGCGGCAAGAAAGCAAAGGGGAUUGUAUAUCUGUGAAUAUAAAUAUCAUCUGAGCACAAAAUUAAAAUUUGCCAAUCAAACAUGCAACAAUAGAAAUCUUAGAGCCUAUUUAACAACAUUUAACUUUAGGCUAUUUACACAUUUCUAAUAUUGUGCAGUUUUGAAUCCUGUCUACAUAUUAGCCUAUGUUUUUAUACUAUGAAAAUAAAACACAGUAUAUUAAUGCCA